AUGUUAAUUUUGUUAUAAUUUGUGGGAACUUCUAAGUUGGUUUUAAAAAUACUAAAUGAAAAUGAAGGUAUAAAUUUUUAAAUUCAUUCAGUUAAAACUCAUAUAAAAAGGUUUAAGAGCUAUAAUUGGAAAAUAGCUCUAAGAUAAAGAAUUUUGAAAAUUAUUAAAUAUCAAAAUAGAAGAAAGGAAAAUUAUAGGAAGAAAUAUCAAAAAAAUAAUAAGUCGAGUCACAUUUACAUUCGAUGA